UUUUCAGUAUCAUUUCGUUAAAGUCUCAGCAACAAGUUCAAUGGGAUUUAAAUCGCUACAAAUUGCUCGCGAUCAGUGGGGAACGCUGAGAGACUUAUAUGCCAGUGAUCGGACAAAUCUCACGGGUUUCGACCUAAUCGAAUACUUUAUGAAUUACAAACCUUCAUCCAAUGCCGAGGCAAUUGAGAUAUAUUCGACCGAUAAGGAUUGGACUACACAUGGCAGCUAUAUACUUGUUCAUUGUUUAGAUAGCAAGGCUUACAUUUACCUUAACACGGUCAAAGGUCUUCUAGAAGAUCUAAAGUCGUUGUUGUGCUCCCUAAAUUUGAAAGUAUUCCAUUUGAUCUGUGGCUAUGAAGAACGUUUAAAGCCACUAGUUGAGAACUAUUGGUUGCAGUUGGGUCAAGACUUGAGUGAACUUGAACAUCAGCCAGCUAUAGUUUAUCACCUACCAAGCGCCAAAGUUCCCCGUUGGACACCAAGAUUAGAUGUCUCGAAUAAAGUUGGUUGUCUCAGUUCAAAAUAUGCUGACUUGGUCGAUAAAAACUGGACUUAUCGCUCAGUAGAUUCUAUACGUUUUAUUCGAGGAAUUAUGGAGAACAAUGUUGCGGCUGGCGUUUUUGAUAACAAUGGAGAACCCUUAGCUUGGUGUCUUAGAUCUCCCAAUGGCAGCUUGAGCAACCUGCAUGUUUUAUCUUCACAUCGUCGGAAAGGAUUAGGAUCUUUGGCAGUGGGCUUUAUGGCAUACAAGAUUAAAUCCACAGGAUCGGAAGUUCUGACCACCGUUGUGCCCGAAAAUCGGCAUUCCCAAAAGAUGUUUGAGAAAUUGGGCUUUAAGCCCAUCAAUAAACUUUUCUGGGCAGUGGUGCCAUCCCCUUUUUAAGUAAAACAAUACAAGAAACAAAAGAUUCUUAUCAAUUUUUAACACUUUACACUAAUCUAGAAAUCAAACGGAAUUUAUUGUUACAGAGAAAAUUCCGAUUAUUUGCUUUUAUUUACCUCGUAAUCGUAUUUCGUAAAUAUAUGUUUUCUAUCUCUCUCUUCAA